GUAGAAAAACCUUUAUACUCGCGAAAGUACAAAUGGUGUGUUUCAUUCUUUUUUGGUAUUUAAACUAAAAACCAAAAUAAAAACAGAGCUCUGUUUCUUCUUCUCCACCGCCGUUAUAUAUAAAACCCUUCCCUGAACCCCCAAAACUCUCGGAGCCAUCACACGACAAUGACCGGCGCAUUGUUUAGAAACGCUGCCUUCGAAGCCGCUCGGAUCUUCCGGUUAAAGCUAACUGCGACGGCGAAUCCUUUCGGAAAGCUCGACCCUUUACCGACAGGAGGAAACAUCCGGCGAUUGCAGUCGAGGCCUUAUAAUCGUACGCCUCAGUUUCUCGGGAAAGCAAAGGAAACCGGAGUCUCUGGUUUCUGUACUUCUUCGUCUUCUUCGACGGUCUCUACUGCAGGAUUCAUCGGAUGGUAUUUGGGAAUGGUGAAAUCGCGGCCGGUUCUGACCAAAUCCGUCACGUCCUCCCUUAUUUACAUAGCCGCCGACUUGUCUUCGCAGACAAUUCCACAAGCUUCAGUGGAGUCUUAUGACUUGGUAAGAACAGCAAGGAUGGCAGGAUAUGGGUUAUUAAUCUUGGGUCCUACGCUUCACUAUUGGUUCAAUCUCAUGUCAAGACUCUUCCCAAAACGAGAUUUGAUCACAACGUUUAAGAAAAUGGCCAUGGGACAGACCGUCUACGGGCCUGCCAUGAAUGUUGUUUUCUUCUCACUGAAUGCAGCCUUACAGGGUGAAAACGGUUCAGAGAUAGUUGCUAGAUUGAAAAGGGACCUACUUCCCACAAUGCUAAAUGGUGUCAUGUAUUGGCCUUUGUGUGAUUUUAUUACAUUCAAGUUCUUCCCAGUUCAUUUACAGCCACUUGUGAGCAACUCGUUUUCAUAUUUAUGGACAAUCUACAUAACUUAUAUGGCAAGCCGUGCGAAGCCAACAGCCAUUGCAAUUUGAAAAAGCUCUCUGGGAAACUCUCUCAGUUUAAAAAUGAAGAAAUGAAGCCAAAAAAAACUUUUACUAAAAAGAAACAGAGCAUUCUUCAACAUUCUUUGUUUCCUCUCUCCAGAUUUUAGGAGGAUAUAAUGUAAAGAGUUUUGGGAAAAACUGUGCAUUUGGACAUGUCUUACACUCUUAGAUUUAAUUGACUUCUAUGUUUAGUAUUACAUAUAAUAUUUGAGUAAAAUGGUGGUUCUUUA